GCAACAACCACCGCAAAGCUUUUCUCGCUCGUGACUGCUCGGUUGGACAUGCGCUGCGUCAUAUAAAGGUGUUUAUCUGGCUCGGUCGGGCAGCAACUUCAGCAUACACCCGCAUACCCUUCCAUCGACGGACACAUACCCCUACGUCUGUGAAUUUUCCCUUCGAUACCUCGCCCAGCGCAACGCUGCUCCUUCCACAAUCUCCCAAGAUGGUCCGCGCGACACGCUCACUUCUUGUCGCAGGCGGCCUUUCCCUGCUCGCCUUGGGUGGCUCGGCGCUGGCGGCGGCAAACGCCUCCGACCCGGCCACAUACCAGACCAUGGCGUCGACGCUGCUCGAAUUCCAAGGCGCAGACAUAACGCCGGCCAUCGUCCCCGAGGAGCUUCUCUCGCUCUCCGGCGCUCUGCAGGUCGCGUUUGGCAACCUCACCGCCGAGCUUGGCAGCACGGUCCCGCUCUCGUCGGACGCCGCGUCCUCCUCCUCAGCGCUGCUUGCACAGAGUCCCGCCAUGUCGCUCAAUUACACCCAAGCCGUCACGCAGCAGGAGCUUUUCUGGUCACAACUGUUCACCGUCAUUGCCUUUGACGCGGCCUACCCGGGUGUGUCCGCGAUCAAUGGGACGGUCGCGGUGACGCUCCAGUACCUCUGCAACAACAUGACCGUCGUCAACGGUGCGCUUCGCAACAUGACUUCACCUGUGCAGGCGUGGACCGCGCCGAACGUGACUGACGGCAGCGGUCCGCACCGGUUCGUGCAGCUCGUCGUUGCCCAGGGUUCCGACUUUACGCCGCUCCCCGCCGCGCAGCUGGCGAGCGGGGGCAACUUCAGCCUGGCAGACUACGUCGCGCGCACGCGACUCGGCAAGGUCGUCGCGGCCAAUUACUUUGUCGUCGAGAACGGCACGCACAUCGCGCCCGGCAUCGACCUCAAGCCGACCCAAGCGGUGCCCAUGCAGAGUGUCCUCGCCAAGGCGACCAGCAUCUCGGCCAGUAUCAUCGCAGAGGGCACACGCUCCGCGCAGCUCAAGGCCGCCAGCGCCGCGCACCGUGCGCAUAGUGCCAGCGGCGCACAGGCUGUCGCGCUCGUUGCCGUCAUCGCGCUCGCAUCCGCGCUCGCCGUCUUCGCAUAAAGGCACGCCGCUCGUCCCGGCUCGUUCUGUCUACCACCGCUUGCAUCUUCUGUAUC